UAGAAAGCUGGAAGUAUUCACAGUGUAUGUACCACAGGCAGCGGGGGAGGGGGAGCAAGGCUGCUCUCUGCACUUGUGCUUUUGUUAGCUCUACAGAAGAGGCAGAGAAACAAGAGAUAACAAAGGCUCCAUUUCCUUUCUGUGAGGGAAGGCUUUUGUCUUUCCUCCUGCAACGAUGUCAGUGUCUGGCAAGAAAGAGUUUGAUGUGAAACAAAUCCUUAGGCUACGUUGGAGGUGGUUUAGUCAUCCUUCUCAAGGUUCGCCCAACAGUGGAAGCUGCCUUCAGCAGGAAGGAUAUGAACAUAGAGGGACCCCGGUUCAGGGCAGGCUGAAGAACCACUCUCGGGACAGAAAUGGACUGAAGAAAAGCAACAGUCCUGUCCACCACAACAUACUAGCACCAGUGCCAGGACCAGCCCCUGCCCAACAAAGAGUCCUUCAGAACUGGCACCAACAAAACUUGAUAGAACAUCUUCGAGCAAAUGAAGAUAUUCCUAAAGCAGUUCCAGAGAAAAAUUUGUUCAAGGAACCUUGUGAGAAACACUCACAAGAUUUGGAGAUGAUGGUUGAUGGCAAUACAGAAGAUUCUACAGUGAGCUUAGCUACCCAGCACCCUGAGGGAAUGAAUGUCAACAGAUCUGAGGAGCAUUUUUAUGCUGUAAACCAUGCACAGGAAAUGCUACAUAGAAUGGAGAACUACCUGAAAGAAAAAAAGCUGUGUGAUGUGUUACUAAUUGCUGGACACCUUCGAAUCCCAGCCCACCGCUUGGUUCUCAGUGCUGUGUCUGAUUAUUUUGCUGCAAUGUUUACAAAUGAUGUGAUUGAAGCCAAACAAGAAGAAGUCAGGAUGGAAGGAGUUGAUCCUAAUGCACUUAAUUCCUUAGUGCAGUACGCUUACACAGGCAUCCUGCAAUUGAAAGAAGAUACUAUUGAAAAUUUGCUGGCUGCAGCUUGUCUCUUACAGCUGACUCAGGUCAUUGAAGUCUGCUCCAGAUUUCUCAUAAAGCAACUCCAUCCUUCAAACUGCUUAGGGAUUCGAUCAUUUGGAGAUGCCCAGGGUUGUACCGAGCUCCUGAAUGUGGCACAUAAAUACACAAUGGAACACUUCAUAGAAGUAAUAAAGAACCAAGAAUUCCUGCUGCUUCCAGCUAAUGAAAUUUCAAAACUUCUGUGCAGUGAUGAUAUUAACGUGCCUGAUGAAGAAACCAUUUUCCAUGCUCUUAUGCAGUGGGUGGGGCACGACUCGCAGGCUAGGCAAGGAGACCUAGCGAUGCUGCUUUCGUACAUCAGACUGCCACUGCUUCCCCCGCAGCUACUGGCAGAUCUUGAAAAUAGCUCCAUGUUUACUGGUGAUCUUGAGUGUCAGAAACUCCUCAUGGAAGCUAUGAAAUACCACCUUUUACCUGAGCGAAGACCCAUGAUGCAAAGCCCUCGGACAAAGCCUAGAAAAUCAACUGUGGGAGCUCUUUAUGCUGUGGGAGGCAUGGAUGCUAUGAAAGGUACCAUUACAAUUGAAAAAUAUGACCUCAGGACCAACAGCUGGAGACAUAUUGGUACCAUGAGUGGCCGUAGGCUUCAGUUUGGAGUUGCAGUUAUUGAUAAUAAGCUCUAUGUUGUGGGAGGAAGAGAUGGUUUAAAAACUUUGAAUACUGUAGAAUGUUUUAAUCCAAUUGGCAAAAUCUGGUCUGUGAUGCCCCCCAUGUCAACACAUAGGCAUGGGUUAGGUGUAGCCACUCUUGAAGGACCAAUGUAUGCUGUUGGUGGUCAUGAUGGAUGGAGUUAUCUGAACACUGUAGAAAGAUGGGACCCCGAGGGACGCCAGUGGAACUAUGUGGCCAGCAUGUCAACUCCUAGGAGCACAGUUGGUGUUGUUGCAUUAAACAACAAACUGUAUGCUAUUGGUGGACGUGAUGGAAGUUCCUGCCUCAAAUCAAUGGAAUACUUUGACCCUCACACUAACAAGUGGAGUCUGUGUGCUCCAAUGUCCAAAAGGCGUGGAGGUGUGGGUGUUGCAACAUACAAUGGAUUCUUAUAUGUUGUUGGGGGUCAUGAUGCACCUGCUUCUAAUCAUUGCUCCAGGCUGUCUGACUGUGUGGAACGGUAUGAUCCAAAAACUGAUUCAUGGUCAACUGUGGCACCUCUGAAUGUUCCUCGUGAUGCUGUUGCAGUGUGUCCCCUCGGAGAGAAGCUCUAUGUGGUUGGAGGCUAUGAUGGGCAUACUUACCUGAAUACUGUUGAGUCAUACGAUGCGCAGAAGAAUGAAUGGAAAGAGGAAGUUCCUGUUAACAUUGGAAGAGCUGGUGCAUGUGUUGUAGUGGUGAAGUUACCUUAA